AUGGCGCAAGAAAAAAUGUCUCUAGAAGAUUGGCUGGACGAUCUCUGCGUCCGAUUCAUCAUAAACCUCCCCCGAGAGGACCUCUCAUCAGUGGCGCGCAUCUGCUUCCAAAUUGAAGAGGCGCAAUGGUUCUACGAAGACUUCAUCCGGCCCUUAGAUCCCACCUUACCAUCCAUGUCAUUGAGGACGUUCAGUCUGAAGAUGUUCCAGCACUGCCCGCUUCUGGCGUCCUUCUCCGCCGACAUUCACCUUAAGGCGUUCGAUGAGUUCAUGCAGUAUAAGACCAGAGUCCCCGUCCGAGGGGCCAUCAUGCUCAAUGAUGCCAUGGACGCCGCAGUGCUUGUUAGAGGGUACAAGAAGGGGGCGAGCUGGAGUUUCCCUCGAGGGAAGAUCAACAAAGAUGAAGAUGAUGUCGAUUGCGCAAUUCGAGAGGUCUACGAGGAGACAGGCUAUGAUAUCCGCGCAGCUGGCUUGAUGGAGAAGAACUCACCUGUCCAUCCCCUCGAGGUCACUAUGCAUGACCAACAAGUGCGGCUGUACGUCUUCCGUGGUAUUCCAGAGGACACCGUUUUCGAAACGAGAACAAGGAAAGAGAUAGGCGAUAUUAAAUGGUAUAAGCUUUCCGAUCUGCCUGCAUAUAGGAAAAAGAAAGGCGCUGCAAAGAAUCAAGGUCCAGGGACGUCUUCGCAAGAUAGGUUCUAUAUGGUUGCGCCCUUUAUGGUGCAACUAAGACAAUGGGUUUUGAAGCAGAAGAAGCUGGACGAGCAGAGCGCCCCAGCUUAUACUGGACAUCUUCAUCCACAAGCUUUGUAUGAAGAAAACCUCAUAGAUGAUAACAUAUUGCACGAGCCGCCACCACCACCUUCCAGCUCACAUCCAGAAAAUAUCGAUAGCGCAACUAGAGAGUUACAGCGGCUCCUUCAGAUCAAACCCCCCACUCAAGGCCUCCAGCUCCCAUCUCAGACUCCAAACCAGCCGGCCGGACAGGCGUUACUGUCUAUUCUACAACCUAAGACGGUCAAUACGGGAUCCAGACCAGGACAAAGCCAACUCCAUGAACCCUAUGGUGAAGAAAUCACAAACAUGCUUCACUCAUCGACAAUGCAUCAUCAUGGGCAGGCUCAUGUAUUUUCUGGAUCCAAUUCCUCGGCACCAUCAUCAUUCCCUAUCAACGCGCAUACUGGCCCGUCUGUCCAGCAACAAUAUCCCCUUAGACCGCGACCGCAAGUCUAUAUCACGAAUGAAAUCCCCCAACUGAUACGGAAACCAGAAAAUCCACCUGUCCAGCUAUUGCAUCCGCAACCUCUACCUCCCCAGGUCCAAAAGGAGAUGCUUCUACGUGAUCUACGCGAACUGGCCUCAUCACCAAAUGUUAUAGGUAGUGCCAAUCAGCCCGCUUCUCAUGGCCUACCUCAGGGUCUGCACUCAGUAGCUGGUGGUGCCCAACUUCAGCCUCAACAACAUAGAGGCAUGGACGAGCGUGCAAAGCACGGGCCUCAAUUAGGUGCACAUUCUGUCAACUUACUAAACGUAUUAAAAGGGGAUAGUCUUCCGGCUUCAGGAGCGCCGGUCGCCACUUCAUACCCUCCGUCUUUGACCAGUAACUUGCCCUCCCUUGGAGAGAGCCAGCGCCGGGUACAACCAACACACACUCCUGAGGCCGCAUUCCGUGGCCAGUACGGCGGCACAGCCAUACCGUCGGCUCCAUAUCCUGCAGCCACUAUGAACGCACCAGCCCCCUUUUCGCGUGGUAACCACCGUCCCAUUGCACCAACAGACCAGCACCGUGUCUCGUUGUUAGGCUUGCUAAAAACCGGGUUGCCUGCCGUCCCUCAACAGGGCGACGGCCAAGGCGCGUCAUUAUCAACGGCCGUCCCUCGGGUCGACAAGGCCGAUUCGCCAAUUCAACAGCGCACAAGACACGGCCCGUCUACUGCUGAUGUUCUAAAAACUGCCGCUAGGGGGAACGGACAACCUAUUCAGUUCAAUCCUGAGCUCAAUUUACCUUACGGUGCACAUUCUAUACUGCGCCGUGGUCCUAGCCGUACAUCAGCUCAGAGUCCAGCGUUACCUACACGAAAUUCCAAUGAGGUUACUAUCAACCCACCGACGCGUUCUCAUCCGAGUCCAGCGUCAUCGCGAGGCAAAAUGUCGCCUCGGCGCCACAUGUCACCUUACCAGAGUUACCUAAAUACGCGUGUUCAGUCUCCAAAGCAAGCAGCUAGCCAGGUCCAGACACAUGCUAUACCGUCUUACCCGUUUGGCGGGAGUCAGGGUGGCGCCACCAAUCCUCUAUCACAAGUUCGGGGCUCUCCAUCUGCCUCUACGCUUCCUACGCCUGGCAUGAUCAAGCCCCGGCAAAAUUCGACAGUGGAGCACAAAAACACAUUGUUGUCCAUAUUAGGAAAGCCACCGGCGCCAGAAAUUGAACAGGGCAUGACUAAGGAUGCGGUAGGAUCUGAACAGAUGGCUACUGGUCCUGGACCGAUGCCUCGUUCACGGCUGACGUCAUUUGCUUCGCAGCGGUCAAGGCGUAAUAGUGCGACGCCUCUUUCGUCCGCAGAUCGGAACUUUUUGCUAGGUUUUUUAGAGAACGCUUCAAACAAUGCGAAGGGCUGA